AUGAACUUGGCAAAUUCUCAUUGUAUCGGACCCGACAGUCCUGAUGCUGGUCUGGCACCUUCCUGUAAAGGGUGCCCAAAUGCUUCUCUAUGUGCUUCUGCACCCAAAGGUCCCGAUCCUGAUAUUGAACUUAUCAGGCAACGGUUGUCUGGUGUUAAGCGGAAGGUGCUAAUCGUUAGUGGGAAAGGAGGUGUGGGGAAGAGUACGCUUACUAAAGAGUUGGCUUUUGCCAUUGGGAAGAGAGGACUCAACGUUGCUGUUGUUGAUCUCGACAUAUGCGGGCCCUCUAUUCCACGUUUGACGGGCGCUCGGGGGGAAAAUGCACACUACAGUGCCACUGGUAUUGAACCGGUGAUGAUCGAUGAAACGGUGACUAUGAUGUCCAUGCACUACUUUCUUGAAAAUAAGAAUGAAGCUGUGCUCUUUCGCGGGCCCAGGAAGAAUGGCGCUGUCAAAAUGUUUCUGAAGGAUGUAAUUUGGAACGAUGUUGAUGUGAUGCUGAUUGACACACCCCCUGGGACGUCAGAUGAGCACAUCACUACUGCAUCUCUUCUUCAGCAAUGUGGUGGCGUCAGUGGCGCUGUUUUAGUAACCACACCCCAGAUGGUUGCAGAGGCUGACGUAAGACGGGAGGUAAACUUCUGUCAAAAGGCAAAAUUGAACAUAAUGGGUAUUGUUGAAAAUAUGAGCGGUUUCGUGUGCCCUAACUGUGGUAGUGGCUCGUUUAUAUUUCCACGUACAAAUACGCGGGGUGCUGGAAAGCGCUUAAGCGAGGAGUUUGGAAUUCCUCUUUGGGGAGAAAUACCCCUUGAUCCAAAGCUGAUGAGCUCGUGCGAGGAAGGUACCCCUCUUGCAGAGUCUGUCGACCAAAAUAAUCCAACGCUUGAUGUUUUGAACUCAAUUUCGAGGAAACUCAUUGAAAGUUUAGCGAUGGAGUAG